AUGGCAGCUUCUAGCAGCAGCAGCAGCGAGGAGGAGCGUAGUCUUCGGGAAUGUGAACUUUACGUCCAAAAACACAACAUUCAGCAACUUCUGAAGGAUUGCAUUGUACAGUUAUGCACAGUGAGACCUGAAAGACCCAUGGGAUUCCUCAGAGAAUACUUUGAAAGAUUGGAGAAGGAGGAAACAAAACAGUUGUUGAACCAACAGAAGUCUGGUUCUCGCUCAGACUCACGGGAGGAUGAAAUCUCUCCUCCUCCUCCUAUGAACCCUGUGGUCAAGGGACGAAGAAGGCGUGGGGCCAUCAGUGCAGAAGUCUAUACAGAAGAGGAUGCUGCAUCUUACGUUAGAAAGGUGCUUAACUUUCAAACAUUGCUAAAAUUCGCAUCUACAAUCCAAGAGUUUAUCUAA